AUGGGGUGCGCUGGCGAAGGGUCGGCCUGCUGCCGCGGCUGCUGCUUCUGCCGGCGAGGUGACGCGGUCUCUCGUCACAGAGGAUUGUUGGAGUGUGCUCACCGUUAUACCGUUGAAUCGGCUCGAGUUAUAGCGAUUGGCGAGCCUCUGGUGAAGCAGUUGCCUCCCGAUCUUAGUGUCAAGUGCGUAACGACGUUUUUCUGUUUGUCCUUGGUUGAGACCACAGCAUUAUUCUCUUUGUUGGGAAGAACAGAAAGGGGCAGCAUUGACGCAAAUAUAUAUGCAAUUUAUAGAGAACUAUCGGCCGUUCAGGAUAGGUUAGGCAGAGAAAAGAUUAGCAGGUCGCGGGAGCGGCACAUCAAAAGUCUUCGCAUGCUCCUCGACAGGGUCAACGAAGCCGAGCCCGCUGCAUCGGCCGUCGCAAAGGGGCAGCGGCUGUUGAUAAUUGACCAGAUGCUGCAACUGCAGGAGAUUGCCUUGGCCCAGGUUAACUUCUGGCUUGUUUGGCUGACAGAGACUCUCGAAAGCUCAAAGGAGGCAACUGAUGGCGGCAGACGUGCUAAUGCAGCUGACGAAGGUGCUGAUGCAGCUGCGGACGGUGAUGAUUUAGGUUUUGAAAGUCCUUCUGCAGCUGCUGGAGGUGGUAAUGCAGCUGCUGAUGGCGAUUUUACAGAAGCCGAAGAUGGCGCUGCAACUUCCGCUGCACCUGCGGCGGCCGUAGCAUCUAAAUCUGGGUCAGUUGCCAGCGUGCAUGCAACUAGAAACACAAUUACCGGCCUCCGCUAG